AUGCCAUUUAUCUCCUCCCCGGUUGCUUUUCCAUCCCGCGCCGCUUCUCCGAACGAGGCGCAGAAGCGGAAGAAUGAUGAACAGUCACAGUUAAUGGAGCCUAAGCGGCAGAAAAUCAUGGGCGGCUUUCUGGAUGAAGAGGACGAAGACGAGGAUGAGCUGGCGGCGUUUCAAGAUGCUCAAAUGAAGAGCCAAUUUGAGUUAGAGGAGCAAUUAAUCGAGCAGGAGCUAGUGGACCCGCCACAGAUCGUCUCAGGACCUAUACACACAGAUCCUUCUACUACGAGUGCGAGCGAUUCGAUUGCGCCAACUUAUGACGUGCCACGACGAACAACGCAAUUGGUUAAAAUAAAGACUUGCUCUGGGAAGACACACACAGUCACUCAGAGAACUUAUAAGCCCCGAGUUUCAUACGAGAGGCUAGUGGCAAGUCGCUCGACUACGGGACUAGGACGAGCGCAGAAAAGCUACUAUGGCAUUAAUAUCCAUCAAAUAUUGGAUGAGGUUGCAAGAGAAACUGAACAGGCUAAAGCUUCCACAAAAGCACUGGACCGCACGAUACAGCAUUCUGUUGAGGCUCCCCUUGAGGGCCAAAGGAAUAAGAAAAUGGCAGCGGCGAUGUGGACAGAAAAAUACCGCGCUCGGAAGUUCACUGAGCUUAUUGGAGACGAGCGCAUCCAUCGAUCUGUUUUGCGAUGGUUGAAGGGCUGGGAGCCGAUCGUCUUCCCUAAUCUUGCCAAGUCGAGAAUCAAAAAGCCGGGCAACAACAACGAUGACGGCGAGCGGCUGCACCGUAAGGUUCUACUGUUGUGUGGUCCUCCAGGGCUCGGAAAGACGACAUUGGCACACGUGUGCGCCAAACAAGCGGGAUACGAGGUACUAGAGAUCAACGCCAGUGAUGACCGCAGCAAAGACGUUGUCAAGGGGCGGAUUCGAGAUGCCCUUGGCACUGAAAAUGUGAAAGGAGUGAAUGUGGAGGUGGGAGAUCGCAAAGUGCGAAAGGCUGGGCGACCAGUGUGCGUCGUAGUUGACGAAGUCGAUGGAGUCGUUAGCGGGUCUGGGAGCGGUGGAGAAGGAGGCUUCAUGAAGGCCUUGAUUGACCUCGUUCUACUCGAUCAGAAGAACAUGGCACGAUCAGCCGAUCAGAAUGCCAAGAACGGGAAAAAACGUAAAGGCGACACUUUCCGGUUCUUGCGCCCACUGAUCUUGGUUUGCAACGACGUGUAUCACCCUAGCUUACGGCCCCUGAGGACCUCCUCUGUAGCUGAGAUCAUUCAUGUCCGCCAAGCACCUUUUGAAAAUGUUGUCUCACGCUUGAAGAGCAUCUUAGCGCUGGAGGGCAUUCCAUCAGACAACGACGGUGUGCGGCGGCUAUGCGAGGCAUCAUGGGGUCUGGCGAGGAAGAAAAGUGGUGGCCUCAAAAGCAGUGGGACGGCCGAAGGUGAUAUCCGAAGUGUGCUGGUCGCUGCGGAGUGGGUGGCGCAUAAGCUGAGAAACGAAAACCUGUCGUCUCUCAGACUGACACGGAGCUGGCUCGAACAACGGGUUCUCAGUGGCGCGGCUGAAGCCUCGUUCUUUAAAGGGCUGAAUCGCGGAGGUGUGCGAGACAUUGUGGACCGUGUCUUUUUGGAAGGUGGAGGGUUCCCUGACGCUCCCAUGAAUGCUGAAUCAUUCCAUGACCCGUUCGCCAGUCCCAGCGGGAACGUGCCUCUCGGUGUUGCGGACCUUAGAAAACGGCAUGCCAUCAAUAAGCUGCGUGAAAUGGUUGAUGCCAGUGGUGAUCAUGACCGGUGUGUAUCUGAAUGUUUCGCUACGUAUCCGCUUCAAUCAUAUCAGGACGACACAUUUCUUUCCAAGCCUAAUGCCGCAUAUGACUGGCUCCACUUCCAUGAUACCAUCUCUUCGAAAGUCUUUGCUUCCCAAGAAUGGGAACUCACACCCUAUCUGAGUCAGACAGUCAUAGCGUUCCACCAUCUAUUUUCAUCCGUCGGAGGCAAGAGGAUAUCUAAGAAUUUCGAUGACGAUGAAGAGGACGAGCACCCCUUUUCGGGUCCAAGAGCAGAUUUUGCGGCCUUCGAAGCUCAAAAGCAGAGCCGUGCUAUUCUUACGGGGUUCCAAUCUUCUUUAUCGGCUCCUCUGUUACGAUUAUUCCGCUCAAUGGAUUGCUUGGCCACGGAGCUUAUCCCAAAUCUCAUACGGAUGCUAUCGCCUGAUGUGAGACCAGUUGUGGUGCGUGGGAGUGGGGAGCAGAAGAGUGUGGCCAGUGUUCGCAAAGACAGUGAACGGGCACUUGUUCAGGCCGCAGUUCGAGUCAUGACAGGCUUGGGGGUGGUAUUUGAAAAAGUUCGAAUUGAGAGUGAAGGUGGCGGGCAUGGGGGCUGGGCUUAUCGUAUGGAACCGCCAUUGGAUUCACUUGUGACAUUUCACAAGACCAAAGGUACCUCCGCGGAUUCAGGUGGCACUGCUCCUGUUCGAUAUGCCGUUCGUCAAGUGUUAGACCAAGAAUACCGCAAGGAAACUAUGCGAAAACAAUCCGAAGUCCUUAGUUCGUCCAAGCCCGGGCAGACUUGGAACGACAAGAGCGGGAAGAAUGAUGACCAAUCAGCGAAGAAGAAUGCAAUAAGAAACGCUCCGGGUAUCAAGCGUGACUUCUUCGGGAGAAUCCUCAAGGACCCGGAGCCGCUGCUGCAACGCUCGGACGACAGUCCAGUGCAGAAUGAAGCAUCCAAAGCAGGAAGGAAAGUCUGGGUUACGUAUCACGAUGGGUUUUCAAAUGCUGUGCGCAAACCAAUUUCCAUGAACGAGCUGAUGGCCGGAUUAUAG